UGGAAGGCCAGCAAUACUCACAUCCCCUAACGCACAUAUUAUCGUCCCAUCAUGGACAACACAAUCCAACCGGUUCGCGAACACAUUAUUCGCCAAAUCCGAGUGGUCCUCUCUGAGUUUCUGCCAGAUGUCGGCUCUGGCACGCUGCGAAUACUUGGUGUUACUCCAAAUAGUCUCCUUGACCCCGAAGAUUAUGUAGAAUCCAUACGUCCAUUUGUUUCAGAGACCGAGCAAUACCUCCAGAAAUAUCAUCCGGACAAUGAGACUCGUUUCAUCGCUGCCAAAAUCGUCCGCGGGAAGACCUCCUAUUUUAUACUCGACCUGAAUAAUACCGAUUAUAACUAUGAAACUGCUCAUGAAUGCAAGACACGGAUCCCUGUCUAUGUCCUUCGCCCAUCGAAAAGACAACCCACAAUCUUUCGAAAACGGGAGCUGGAUGCAUCAAUCGCUAAGAUUCUUAGGAACAUGCACAAUCUCCAUGGUCAAGACCCUCUGCCUUUAUUUGACAACCAUUAUGACGAGAAUCUUCAAUAUCCCAACCCACGCCGCCCACAAUUUGAGUUCUGAAUCGGUUUCGCGUCUAUCAUUUGGAGGAUAAAACUGUUCUAUGUGGACAGAGAACGGU